CACCUACACUCUCCUCAGAAGCUUACACUAUUUGAACGUAGUUCAGAACAAGCUUGCCGCGGCACUGACGACCGACACUAGGUCUAAACAAGCUUCUGCUGCCUAUAAGGUGCCGCCCCACGCAGCCUAGCUGGCCAACCCGGCCACUGACAAGCCAUCCCAGCGGCGCACCACCAGGCGUGUCAGCUGAUUACAGCUACACAUACACAGGCACGCCUUGAAAGCCCCUUCCCGGCGUGUCCGCAAUCAUGCACGCCGCCCCCAGCAGCCGCACGGCCGUGGCCCAUCGCCACAGCCAAACGUCCGGCAGCCCAGCCGCCUGCGGCGCCGUCGGCCGGCCGGCUGGCCCCGUGCCGCGUCGGCAUAGCGCCGCCGCCCCGGGCCCCUCGGUCGUGGCGGCGGCAGGCGGCAAGGCGUCUGGCUCAGGGGCGAAGCAGCCGGCGGCGGCGGCGGCCAAGAAGGCGACCCAGUGGGUGCCGCCCAAUGGCAUUCUGAAGAUCAACCCGGAGCUUCUAGCGACGGGCGGCCUGGAGGUGGGUCGCGAGGGCCCCCAGGCCAAGGGCUCCUUUGACGGCCACCUCCAGGGACUGUUCAUGCCGGUCAACCUGGACCACCCCGGGCUUAGGGUGCUCAACAUUGACCCGCCCGUGCUCACCGUGGACGAGUUCAUGAGCCCGGAGGAGUGCGACGCCAUCGUGGCGGCGGCAACAGCGAGCGGCCUGAUGAAGCAAUCGGGCGUCGGCGUCGGCGGAUACCAGGUCAAGGACGCGGACAACGUGCGCACCAGCAGCACCCUGGCAGCCACCACCGAGGUCCUGGCCCAGCACGCCGACCUGUCCGCGGCGCUCAACGUGAUGCUGGCGCGGGCGCGGGGGCUGCUGCAGGGGCCGCUGCCGCCCGCGGACGCCGGCGCCGCCGCCUUCGCGCGGCCUAGCACGCCCGGCCAGAUCUCCUUUGAGCUGCCGCAGGUGGCCCGGUACCAGCCAGGCCAGCACUUCCUGACGCACGAGGACGCCUUCCCGCCGCCCGUGGUUGGCGCCAAGGGCUACCAGCGCCGCGCCACACUGCUGGUGUACCUGAACGACUGCGUGGAGGGGGGUGCCACCAAGUUCGACGUGCUGGACAUUGCGGUGCAGCCGCGCAAGGGCAAGGCGCUGCUGUUCUUCCCGGCCUUCUCAAACGGCAUCAACGACAGGCGCACGCUGCACACGGCCCAGGACGCGGUGGCUGAGAAGUGGGUCACGCAGCUGUGGCUGAGCGUGGGCGUGCGUACCACGGCCGCGGCGCAGAACGGCGGGCUGCCGGCCUUCGUCACGGGCGUCAAGGGCGUGUCGGCGCCUGAGCCGCGCUCGCGGGCCGGCAAGCGGGGCGUGCCGCCGCAACGCAUCAACACCAAGAUCUGAUGCGGCUAACAAAGGGCUGUGGGGGCGCGCUGUUGUGUGUCGGGCUGCUUUGGCACGCGUGUUUGAGCAAUGGGGAUGGGGAAGCAGCGUUGGAGUGGGGCGAGCAGGUGUCGGGUGGUAAGGGUGGCUUUUCCUUGUCGCCCAGGGCCACCCCUUUUUCAAUUUCAAGUGACGGCUUUGCAUUCGCGAUGUGUGUGCGCGCGUGGUGGAGAGGACUAAGGACUUGAAUGGGGAGGUGCCAGCCGAAACAGGCGGCACAGCAGCGGGGGUUCCGUUGGUCAAGCAAGGAACGCAGGAAUGGAUGGCAGGAUGGCAGCACCUAAGUUUUACGGCAUGGAGCGCGUCGUAAUUAAAGUCAGAAUUCAGGUAAUCGGGUUUGGAGCGAAAUGUACAUCCGUGGCACUGGAUGCUACGGAGGCCUCGGUUGGGGCCGGGAUAAUGCGAAGUCAGGCGACCGAGAGCGAGCCUUCGCUCAUGGUUUUACUGCAACUUGCGGCUUUCGGGCCAG